AUGGCCGGUCCAGGUGGUGGUCCUCCUCGCAAGAGCCACACCAAAUCCAGAAACGGCUGCAAGACAUGCAAGAGAAGACACAUCAGAUGUGAUGAAAGCUUCCCACAAUGCCGGAAUUGCACCAAGCACAACUGUCGCUGCGACUACAUGGACAGCGCCGCCGCGCACGACGGAUCUUCCAAAGCACGCAAAGUCCCUGAUCUCCUCAUGUCGCCCGAGAUUGAGGUCGAAAUCAAGAAUUGGGACACUACCGGCGUGCCUCCCUUCCCUGAGCUUCUGCACUGUCCGCGCAGUGGCUGGUACGGCCUUUCUCGCACUGACCUUCGCCUAAUUCAUCAUAUUAUCGGUCUUUCGAUCGAUAUUCAUCGUCGCGGCUUUAGCAGCUGCACCGUCUGGGCUCAGAAGAUGCCCAAUUUUCUUGCUAUCGCUUUGUCCAACGACUUCGUCAUGAGUUCUAUUCUUGCUUUCUCUGCUUCACACCUCGCCUGGAUUACUCGAAAUCAAGAAACGAAGCAUCUGGCGUAUCACCACAGAGGGGUUGCGAUCAAGGGCUUGCACAAGGCGAUUGGAAACUUUUCCAAAGACAACAGUGAUGCUAUCCUUGCUUCCUCCAUUUUGCUCUCAUGGCAAACGACUGAAUGGCAGAGUUGGGCAUCCUUGCAACAGGGACUGACAACAGUCCUGGACGCGAUGCAUCCCAUCUGGAAACAAGAGUCCGAGUUGGCGAGAUUUUUGGAGAACCAAAGAGCUUUGGGAUGUACAAAUACCCCUAUAAAGUCGGGGUACCAGUUCCGAGACGAAGAUCUGGUCGAACUCGACCAAACCAUUGCAUCUUUGGAAAACGCACAAAAGUGUGUUUCGCAUAACCAUGAGCACUACCUUCGAAUUGGAGAGUUGCUUCAUUUUGUUCGACGUUUCCGCCAGGACCUUCCGACACAAACCCCCGAACAAGCCUUUGAGCGUAUGCAACCACUGCGAAGAUGGUUGUUUUGGCUUCCCCCAGCCAUGCUUCGAGGCGGCGAGUCGGAUAUCAGCGCCCUUGCGAUUCUUUCACAGUUCUUCGGAGUAGGAAUUGCCCUGGAUAGUCUCUUCCCUGACAUGGGAGGUGCAUACUUGGGACCCUUGUCCGUUGGGCCAGUGGAAGACGCCUACCGGAUUAUUGUCACGAGAAACACCACAGAUCCAUUCAACUUGGAAUUACAACACGCCAUGAAUCUAAUGGAACUGCCUCAACAUCUCGUCGCCAAAUAUAAGGCUCGUCUUCAAUGGUCGUCGCCACGGUCUUCGCUUGAUCACUACUCCCCCGGUCCACCCAGCCCUUAUCACCACAACUUCCAAGACUACCGCGUCGCUUCAUCCUCGCCAUCAUCCACCUCUGCCACAUACACGCCCUACACGCCCCCUCUCACCUCUCCGCCCGCCGUUACUAUUGCCAACUCCCCGUUCGAUGUCACCGGAGGAUAUGUGACGGCACCUUCACAGAACUACUACCCUCCUUCGCCUCGAUUACUUUCGGAGCCUAGAGAGGAGCUGCCAGAAUACCAUCACCCCACUCACCACCACCAACAAUCUCCCGCCUUCCAAUCACCAUAUGUGGAUGAUAUGCUGUGCGGGGGCCUACAACGAACAGAUGGAGCGUUGGAAUUGAACAUGGGGCUGUAUAAUGAGCAUCACUCCGUCCCCCUCGCGGGAAUGGUUGCGCCAGAGCCCUGCUGGACCUGA